GACAGUGUCACGUGAUGAAACACGUCUGUACAUUUGUAGCAUUUCCUGAGCUGCAGCCAGCCACGUCUUUCAACAGAUAAGUUGUACAUACAGCCGCGUUUGUUGACCAUGCAGAAAAGUUGAAUAUUAAAAAUAUGAGCCUUCGCUCGUCUCCUCGUUGAACCGGAAGAGCUUCGGCGGUCAGGGCUCAGUUCAAAGGUCACCUUACGGAGCUAUCGCGUAGGGUUCUGUGUUUGCGUCCGCCUCUGCCUGCUCCUACAUCAUGUCAUCUGUCGAAGAGACCGCAGAGGAGGACACCGUCCCGUCGAUACUCAUCACCAGCAGCGACCCUGCGUUCAAAGAGGAAGAGCUGAUCAAACAGAUUCUCAGCACGGAGUGUUUGCCAGAGCCCGUAAAGCGGGAGGAGAUGGUGACCUGGUAUCCAUGGACACUAAACAACAAGUACUACACUGCGGAUGUGAGGCUGUGCACAGUGCCCAGCCCCUUCCAGAUGACCGCCGACAUUGCACAGUCCAUGCAGGCUUUCAUUGCGUAUUUUGACAGCACAGCGAAGGAUGGUUUGGAAAAGCUCUCACCUUGGAUAUCAGUCGUGGAAGAUCUCGGUCCAGAGGUACUUAUUCUGGUGUGCGACAGAGUCUGUGAACAGGGAGUCAGUAGGCACGCAGCACAGCAGUGGUGUUUGGCCCAUGCCUUUGAGCUUGUAGAGCUCAACCCUCAAGACUUACCGGAUGAAGACGAUGACUUCCCAGAGUCCACGGGGGUGAAGAGGAUCCUACAGGCUCUGAAUGCCAACGUGUGGUCCAGUGUAGAGAUGAAAGAUGAACACAACCAGGGCUUUGGUCUGAUGAGCAGCCUUGUGGCCAACAGACACAACACCUUCCGCAGUGGAGCAAACCCUCCAUCCUCUAGUUUGCCAGCAGAGGGUGCAAACGAGACUGAGGUGCCUGCGGUGAGAGAAAGUGAGGGCAUCACGCCUGCUCGGGUGGAAACAAUAGUUGAUCCAAUGACUCAUCUGGACAUCCAGGAGUUGGCUAAUCUCACUGCCGGAGAUGCAGAUGUGGAGAACUUUGAACGGCUUUUCACCAAGCUCAAAGAAAUGAAAGACAAGGCAUCAUCUUUACCACACGAGCAGAGGAAAGUUCAUGCAGAAAAGGUAGCUAAAGCGUUUUGGAUGGCUAUCGGUGGAGAAGCGGAUGAGGUAGAAGAAUUAUCAUCGGGGGAGGAAAGCUAAACCAUUUCUACCGCUGACCCAAGUUUCCCCUCGUCCUGUAAACUUCCCCUCGCCCCCCCCAUCAUGUUCCUGCUCUGUAGGACACCUUUUAACACAAGGAGCAGAGGAAAACACGGCACCCUCUCAGCAUAGUAAUAAUACUUGGUCUUUACUUGGGCAGUUUUAUUAUGCAAGGAUAAUAUGAAGUGAAAAUCGGUUGGACUUUGAUCAGGAAUGGGAAAUGUCACGUUUGUUGGUCAAGUGUUGAACAAUUCUGAAUCUGAACUACUGGUUUUCCUUCCACCCACUGGCUGCCCUGCCCAGUCCCCGGUGAAUACGCAGAGUUAAGUGGGUGGGGAGGCGUUCAAUCCGAGCACGGUUUGUUUUCAAACCCAAGUAUAGAUUGUUGUUUGUGUUUUGGGUGCAAUUGUCAUGUUUUAUUUCUUAGUGACAUGUGCCUUCCUAUCAAAGUUUGUCAGGCAUGUACAUUUUGUUCUGUCAUCUCUUAAUGAUUAAACACAAUUAUUUUAUAACAUUUUUGUGUUUUACAGUCUAUGGAACAACUGGGACUGUGGCAAUGGUUGAAUGAAUUGCCUUUCUUGGUUGCAAGUCUUUUUCUGUAUGUAAGAUUAACUUCAGGUACAGGUACAAUUUUAUUAAAUCAUCACAUGACAAAAACAAUGGCAAUUUCAAAACAAUUUGGACUAACAUGUAGAACCUAAUACAUGAGAUAAACAACCUAAUAAAGUAAGAUACAAAUACAAAGUAUGACACAGAUCUACAAACUACUUGGUUGAAUACACCGUUGCAUAGCACGGGGUCACAGCUCUGAACAGAUUUCAUUCCAGCUCGGUAUCGUGUACUAGAAGUGCAGUGGGAGAGAGGGCCGCCUUGAACCGACUCGCUAAUAAACAAGGACCACAAGCAUAUCAAGCAUGCCUUUUAUAGCAUAACAAUGUGGGAUGUAGAAGAGGACAAGCAGAAAACACUACCAUUGAUGCAC